AUGUACAAAAUUGUGGUUUUCAUCGGUUUUCUCUUGAAUAUUUUCGAUUAUUCCCACGGAGGAGUGUUAAUAUGGGGUUCAGAAAGUAUCCAAUUACCCUCAUUGAAGCAAUUCAACAAUGAAGACUUUGAUUUGCUGAAGAGUUACAUGCGCCGCCCCAAAGUGGUUGUCUUCAAAGGUGAUCCAAUGCAAAUCUCCAAUGAACUUCAGAAUCUUCUUCGGAAUAAAUACACUGCGUACGUCCCAAGCAGUAAUUUAAACAUCGACAACGUCAUUGAAUUAAAAGGUGAUGCCACAUCAAAUUUUAAACAAAUCCAGGAUACUCUGGAUAACUGCAGUCGUGAAUACGAUAAUAUCUUGGCAUUGAUUCUUACCAAUCACGAAGCAGCACCAAGUGCGCCUCCUGCUGCCAAUCGACCAAAACGCGAAGCUUCCGAUGAGUUCACCACUGAAAUACCGGAAACUUUUACGACCAUGGAAAACUAUGAGCCUGUCACUGGCCCAGUGCUCUAUCAAGCCUCCACGACCACUUCCGAAGUCGCCAUGAUUUAUUCUUCAAGGACACCGGUCUUGAAAAUAAACGCCACUAGUUAUAAUCUUGGUAAAGCCGCCGUGGCAACCGUAGAUGAUCGUGGUGAUAAAUAUCGACAACUUAGCGUUACCAUUCCGACGGAAUCCGGUGAUAAAGUCACGCUCAGAUUUAAAUUCCUAUGGAAUUCUGGGUACUGGUAUCUUAAUACCAUUAAUUUGUUGCUCAUGUCCACGAAAACUUACACUUUGACAGUCGAUAAAGAAGAAAUCUCCGCAGCGAAAUCAUUUUCGUAUCACUGCAGCGGCAAUUCCGUGUUUCGCGAAGAAGAGAACGAGAUUGAGUUGAUGUUGUUCGACAUUCAAGCUCAGCCUGAUUCUCUCAAAGUUAGAUUUAAUGAUGCUUACGAUUGUGUUGAUUUCACCACUGUUCCAAUAUGGUCCGGGUUGUUUAUCGUGUCGUUGUUGUUGGUGGCGCUGGCAAUUGGUCUAGGCGCGUUGAACAGCAUCAAAACGAUGGAUAAAUUCGAUAACAGCAAGACAAAACAGUUGACGAUCACCACCGGCGAGUAGUAAACACGCACGUUUUAAAAUCCAAACACAUAUGUCACACUCAAAGUCUCAAAACAGCUUAACUUGUUAUAAAUACUAUGAGAAUAAAUACUCGUUAACAAUAUGUACACUUGAAAUUUGGUUUCACUGCGAGCAGUAAGAUGGCAGCAUGAGUUGUGGUAUUCCGGUGAUGAGUGGUUGAUUUUUAUCUUUUGGGCACACAGAUAACCUAUAAACAUAACCUAUGAACAUCUAAAUAACUUGUUAUUAUUUGUAUUUACCUUUCUUUUGGGUUUAAACUUUCCACUUUGAUUUUUGCAAGGUGUACCCUCGGCGAAGCCAAUAAACGCCAUGUUAGUGGGUUAAACACA